AUGACACCACGAAAGAUCCUCGUAACAGGUGCUACGGGCAAGCAGGGCGGCGCCGUCGUCAAAGCACUGCUUGCAAACCCACCUCCCUUCGACUACGAAAUCCUCGCAAUUACCCGCAAGACCACCUCCAAUGCGGCCAAAGCACUGGCAUCCAAGCCUAAAGUCACCCUCAUCGAAGGGGAUCUCGACGAUUGUACAAGCAUCUUCGCAAAAGCCGGAGGUGUUGGGGCGGUAUGGGGCGUCUUCUGCGUGACGUUGCCCAACUUCAAGAGCAAGGUAGAGGGCAAGGAGACACAACAGGGAAAUGAUAUGGUAGAUGCGGCCAUUGCUCACAGUGUCAAACAUUUCGUCUAUACCUCUGUUGAUCGUGGUGGCCCAGACAAAUCUGAAGUAGAUGCCACUUAUGUUCCUCACUUCGUUUCCAAGUACAAGGUGGAGAAACACCUGAAAGAGAAGGUUCGAGGAACAGAUAUGACCUAUACCAUCUUGCGACCGACAGCAUUCAUGGACAAUCUCACACCGAAUCUCCCAGGUCGCAUCUUCGCUGCGACUUGGCAUACAAUGGGCGACAAACGGCUCCAAUUGAUCGCAGUAAGAGAUAUUGGUGUCUUUGCAGCCAAGGCCUUUGGCGCCGCCGAGACAGACGAAUAUAAGAACACUGCAAUCAGUCUCGCCGGCUGCGAUCUGACCCAAGCCGAGGCUGACGAGAUCUUUUGGAAGGUGCUGGGACGACCAAUGCCUCGAUCAUACGAUUUUGUGAGCCAUUUUCUCAUGUACAUGGUGCCCGAAGCAGGCACCAUGAUUCGAUGGUUCAAAGAGCAAGGGUAUGGAGCAGAUUUGGCACAAUGUCGACGACUCAACGAAAACAUGCUCGACUUUGAGGCAUACCUCCGAGAGGAGAGCGGCUUCAAGCGCUAA